CCCUCACCGACCUCAUCGGCGGCAUCCAUCAUGGGGUUUUCAACCCGUUUCCUCCGCGUGCCGCGGCCAGAGGUACGUCAAUUUUCAUCGCAUGACCUCAAAACGAAGGAACUGCAACACUCUUGCAUUCGUCUUUUGACUGAUCUGUCAAGUGUGCAAAUGCUAAUUAACAAUGACUCCAAUAGACAUUUCUUUAUGUGAUGAGCCUGGAGACAGGCGCUUCUUUAAUCACACUUUCCCUGCUGCUGAACAAGAUCAGCGGUCUCUAUGGCCUGCUCGCCUUAUUGACCGGCUACCAUCUGUCGCCAGUCCAGCUCUCUAUGUACCUCUAUUCGCUUAUUGCGCUCGGUCUUACAGCAUAUCUUUUCCCGCAUAUUCGGAAGCAGUCGCCCCUGCAGUGCCUCGCCCUCGCUUGGCUCUACCUCUUCGACACAGUCAUCAAUGCCGCAUACACAGCUGCGUUCGGUGUGACAUGGUUCCUCGUUAUCUCACAGCACUACGAUAACGGGACCGCAAAGGGACCGGGCAGCGACACAAUCUCCCAAACCGCCGGCUUCACCAACCCCAAAUACGGCUCCUCGUCCACCAAUGGAAACUCCGCACGAAGCCCGGACGGCCUCACCAACGCCGUCACCCAGCCCGAGAGUUUCCAAAGCAUUAUGUUCAUCUGCUUGCUAUGGAUUAUCCGCAUUUACUUCGUGUUCGUCAUGCUCGCCUUUGCCCGCCAGACAUUACGUCUCUACAUCGCAAUCCCCCGCCACACACAGCUUCCCACGCACAGCCGCAAUACCUCCGUUGCUAGCGUUGCUAGUGUUGCUGAUAUCGACCGGGAGCCGUUCUCGCCAUAUAGUCCUGAUGGUCAAGGCUGGCAGGGCAAGCUUGGCCGCCUUAUGAUUGGCCUUGGUCGCAGUUACUGGCUGGGCGAAGACGAGGACGGUGCCUGGUUGGACAGCAUGGGUCGCAAGUUUCGUGCUCGCGGUCAGGAGCUUCCUGGUCCUUUGGAACGAGAAAGAAGGCGCCGGUCGGGCACCGGGCCUCCACAGCCCUCGCAAGCCACAGUUCAGGCCGCCGCACUGCAGCAACCGAUCCCGGAGAAUCUGAAGAUGCAUGACUGGACUGACGGCCGGUGAUUCGCUUCGGUUACCAGCAUAUAUCGCUGCCUAGCAGCCGGCACACUUUGUUCACAUAGUGACACGUGAUGUCAUCUGGUCCUGCCACCCCACGUCCUGCCUAAUUGCUAGGGGUCGUGGCCGGCCCUCGUUGCGCUCUUGUCCUUGUAUAGAAUCAGUCCGACAAGGCUCGCCACUGUUGAUAAUCCCUUGUUACCCUUGGCUCAAAGUCGUUGUGACGUUAUUUGUUCCUGUUACUUAUUUUAUAUGCCGAAAUGAUCUACAUAACAUGGUUGGGUGGGGACUUGGGCUCUAGGGUGACUGCUUGAU